AUGGCGAAGACUCCCUCCAAGAAGGCCGCGAAGACGGUUGCCAAGUCCGGCAAGGGCAAGGGCAAGAAGCGAGUUGAGUCGUACUCGACCUACAUCUACAAGGUGCUGCGUCAGGUGCACCCCGACACGGGUAUCAGCAAGCGCGGCAUGUCGAUCAUGAACUCGUUCAUCAACGACAUUUUCGAGCGCAUCGCCUCGGAGGCCGGCAAGCUGUCGCGUUACAACAAGAAGUCGACGCUGUCCAGCCGCGAGAUCCAGACUGCCGUGCGUCUCAUGCUCCCCGGUGAGCUGGCUAAGCACGCCGUGUCGGAGGGCACGAAGGCCGUGACCAAGUUCACGUCGGCUUAA